UUGUUAAAAAUGAUUUUCAGCGUCUCGCGUUUAUAAAAAUUGAUUAAUAAACUAGAAGUUAUAGAAAAUUAAUUUUAUAAGAAAGAAAAACGCGAUAAAAUGUCAAGUAGGAACGAAAGCAAGGGGCCAAUUCCGCCCCGAUGGCUUCAUUGUCCACGGAAAGCAGUAAAACUAAUACAGAAUAAAUUUCUCGCUUUCAAGACUCCGCUAUCGUCUGCAUUUGAUAGCCAAGUGCCAGAAGAAUGUCGUUUCUCAGUGGAUAUGUUAUUCGCAUCGUUAAAGAGUCAGAAAAUAAAAUUAGGUCUAUGGAUUGACCUAACCAACACUACGAGAUUUUAUGACAAGGAAAGUUUAGAAGCGUAUGGUUGCAAAUAUUUAAAGUUGCAGUGCAGAGGUCACGGUGAAACUCCCUCUGAAGAACAAACAAGAAUUUUUGUGCAAAUUUGCAGAAAUUUUAUAUCGUUUAACCCGUUGGAAGUUAUCGGUGUUCAUUGCACGCAUGGUUUCAAUAGAACUGGCUUCCUUAUAAUCAGUUAUUUAGUAGAAACUGAUGGUACUAGCGUUGACGCUGGUUUGGCAGAAUUUGCUACUGCAAGACCACCAGGCAUAUAUAAAGCUGAUUAUAUCCAAGAACUGUUUAGGAGAUACGAUGAUGUGGAGGAUGCUCCUGAUCCUGCUCCUAGACCAGCUUGGUGCUUAGAAUAUGAUGAUUCCAAUGUAGAAGAUACAGAUGAAGGCACUAGUGCUGAUAAUGAUAAUUAUAAUCAAGACGUACCCAAUAAAAAAAGAAGGCGUGAGUUUAAUAACAAAAAUCCAAUAUUCAUGGCUGGUGUACCUGGAGUAACUCCUAUUUUAGAGGAUAGAAAAUUAAGUGGAAUACAGAGACGUGUUCAAGGUAUUUGUUCUUGGAAAUCAACUGGAUUUCCUGGUUCUCAGCCAGUUUCUAUGGAUGAAGAUAAUAUUAGAUUGCUACAUGAAAAACCAUAUAGAGUUUCAUGGAAAGCAGAUGGGACCAGGUAUAUGAUGAUGAUUCAAGCAGAUGGAGAAAUUUAUUUUGUAGAUAGAGAUAAUAGUGUAUUUCAAGUUAAUGGAAUGACUUUUCCACAUCCAAAAGACAUAUCUAGGACUCUUAAAGAUACAUUAUUGGAUGGUGAAAUGGUGAUUGACAAGGCAAAUGGUAAAGAAUAUCCAAGAUACUUAGUUUAUGAUGUAGUGAUGUACGAUGGCAAAGAUAUUAGCAAAUUACCAUUCCAUCCUGAGCGUUCUUGCAUCAUUGAACGAGAAAUUAUAGGUGGCAGACAUAGAGCAAUGAAGGAAGGAAAAUUGAGAAAAGAAAUGGAACCCUUUUCAGUACGAUUAAAACAUUUUUGGGAUGUGACACAAGCUGCUAAUUUAUUAAGUGAAAAAUUUGCCAAACAACUAGGCCAUGAACCUGAUGGUUUAAUAUUUCAACCUGCUAAGGAACCCUAUUGUCCAGGGCUUUCACCAGAUGUUUUAAAAUGGAAACCCUUGUCACAGAAUUCUGUUGAUUUUAGAUUAAAAAUAAUUACAGAAUCUGGAGAAGGAAUUCUUCCAAAGAAAAUUGGCUAUCUCUAUGUAGGUGGUAUGAAAGAACCAUUUGACAAAAUGAAAGUUACCAAACAAAUAAAAGAUUUAAAUAAUGCAAUUAUUGAAUGUAAAUUUGAAAAUGGCCAAUGGGUUUUCAUGCGUGAAAGAACUGAUAAAUCAUUUCCUAAUUCGUACAAUACGGCUCAAUCUGUAUGCAAAAGCAUUAUAAAACCCAUAACAACUGAACGACUUUUAGAUUAUAUUAAUAGGCACAGAUUUAUAAUAGAUGAUUCUGAUCUUAUGCCACCUCCGAAUAAAAAACGUAACAUAUAACUGACUACACAUAGUUUUAAUGAUACUAUAAUGUAUUUAAGAUUUAAGAAAUAAUAGGUUUAUUGUGAGAUUUUAAUUGGUCUAUAAGCAUGAAAUACAUGUAUCUAGCCUAUUGUACUUGUAUUGUAUUGAAACCUGUUUCAAUUGCUGUAAAACUUUAACAAUCGUAAAUUGUUCGCUCAAUAAAGAUACUCUGUAAUAAAUUAAA